GGGGAAUUCCACAUCGAUGUAAGAAUAACGACACCUCUAAACAAGAGAACAAAUAAUUACUUUUCAAUAUUAACCCUUCUGACAUCCUCUCAGUCUUCACACGCACCAAGAGCACUGACCUGGAACGCACUUCAGCUGGAAGAAUUUCAGAGAAACCCUCCAAGGACUUUCCACUCGGUCCUUCACCCACUUCCUGUUCUGCUUCCUUCAGGGAAUUUCACAUAAUGAGGCCUCGAGAGACGGCGAGCAGCGCAGGCGUGAAGCGUGAACUCCAGGCAGAGCGCUGCGACGGAAUAAACCUCACCGCUUUAUUCUGAGGAAUUAAAAAUCCUUGUUUGAAUAAAGGGAAGCACAUGAAGGAAGGAAGGAGGUUUAGUGCAGAACAGUGACCACGAUGUAAUCCGUGGCGUAUUUACGUCAGCGCUACGGGAUUGAUUUGCUGUUAUUUUUAUUUAAUUUUUUUUUUAAGCUUCUCCAUCCACUUGCGUGAGUUAUAGCUGGAUAAACCAAUCAGAAUGCAGCUUGAUUAAACUCCAGAUCUGCGGCCUGAGCCAGUGAACAAUGGCCAUGAUGAACACACAUGAGCAGGAAAUGAUCAAAUCCUACGGAACUACUGCUUCCUGUCCGACUCCCUCACGCGUCUUCUUAUGGUUUUAACCUGCAGGCGUGUUACCUGCGACCUUCGUAUCUGCCUAACAUGCACAGAUGGGACGCUUCGUCGUGUUGGUUUGCCGUCCCAGUGGAACUGAACCGUCCCCUAACGUCUUAGCCAAUCACAGUAAGGGCUCAUGAAUAUGCAUAAGUGCGCGCGCACUACUGUGUAAAACCCGCAGCCCACCGAUGGAUGCCAAGCUUCGAGACGAUUUGUUCCGGAGGUACGUGGCGUUCCUGGAGAGGCGGCUGGAAGAAGGAGCGGGAGGCGCUCAGGGAAACGCAAGGGAGGAAGCGCUCGUCUCCACGGCGACUGCCCUGCUUGGGGCCUGCGAGGCGGAGGCGGGGCAGCGGUUUCGCACAAUCCGCUUUUACGACAUUGUCGAGAAUUCACUAAGAGCACUGAGGGGUGCCAACCUGCUGGCGCUGGAGAACGCCUUCGCCACGCUGGAGACCGUCUGCACCAACCUGCUGCUCUGCCCCUGGAAGAAAGAGUUCCGCUGCAUCAAGACGUUCACCGGGCCGUACGUGUACCAGCUCCAGUCGGCCAUCUGCGACUCGGACCUUCGCUCCGUCCUGCGCUCCAUGGGCUACUCUCGGGAUCAGGAGCUGCAGUAUGUGAUCAGAGACCAGCACUCCGGCGCCGGCACUCAUCACCUCCGCCAGCUGGCGUUCGAGCUGCUCCUGGCACAGGCCGAGUGCCGCCUGCUGAGGGAGCGCGGAGGGGGCGUCGCCGAGCUGGAGGCCGUGGAGGCGCGCAGGAGCUCUGGCGACGACAUCAUGCGCUUAUCGGCGCGCCAAUCCGACCCGGACCGCGCCCACCUGAGGCGCAGCGGGCGGCCUUCCAAAUCCGUCGACGUGACGGACAGCGCCGGUCACUGGCACCAAGCCAACAAACCCGUCCUCAAGACAUCGCUCAGCCUCCGCAAAGAACCGCUGUUCGUCGACGCAGAAGAGGAUCUGAAAGACGAGAUCAUCCGCCCCGUCGGAGAUUAUUACCCGUCCGAGCCGUACCCGUACCACCUCUCCUCUCUGGACGAGAUCGAUCUGUACACUGAGCGCGGAAUGAGCGGCCGGCACACGCUCUCCAGGACGCCCAGCAGGGAAUCGUGGGAAUCCUGGGCCCCCAAGAGUCACGGAUUAAAGUGUCAGGGUUGCAGCUUGACCUCGCCGACGCUCUCUUCCUGUCAGAGGUGCGACGCCAUCCUGUGCCCGACGUGCCACGGCUCGGACCCGGCUCCCUGCUGCGGCGUUCCAGACUUCCCGAAAAACUCCUCGCGCCCUCUGGACAGCUACGUUCCGGUCAAGGAGAAGCUUUCGGUUUACUCCAGCUCACACCCACACGCUCACAGUCACGCUCACACUCACACACACCCGCUCUCACACUCUCAUUCCCACUCGCCUCUUCUGGACAAGCCCGUGAUCGGCACCAAGCUGUUCCCGAGCAAGCCGUCCUCGGCAGCAGGAGCGGCGUCAUCCAGCGCCGGAGGAUCCCGCUGCGGAUUCUGUAACAAACCCGCAGCCUCGCACACGUGCGUGAAUUGUUCCAAGGUGUCAUGCGAUGCGUGUACGGGCCUCUACAUGGGCGACGUGUGCACACGCAAGAGCCUGCACCAUAAUUUCGUUCCCAAUCACCAGCUCAACUACAAAUCCAGCACCAUUUCUCAUCUGGUGUACCGAUAAAUCAGCAGUCUCUACCGUUCUCUUCUCUCUCUCUCCUUCACCGGCUUGGGUUUGGUUUUAGUUCUCUGUCCCCUCAUCGUCCGGUCAUGUGAUCUUCUCGUUCUUCCUGCUCCUUUACUCCUUUACUCUCCUGCAUUGACUUUCUGGAUUGUAAAGAAAGAAGAACAAAGCAGAAAAAACCAACAGACUGGACAAUGACAUAUGCAACGGACGUCAUGCAAAACGUAAAAGACACACAUUUCCUCACUCUGGAAAGAAGAAGCUUGAACAAACCUGAACAAAGGGAAGACACACACGCGCACACACACACGAGAAGGAAAAAACAAACACUGGAAAUUCAGUAGUAUAUAUUUUGAAUCUUAAUUCUAUAGAGCUAUGUGAGACUUUGGAAAGGUUCCGCCGUCGUGAAAUGUCGGUUCUGAUGAGAAAUAUUUUCACGUGUCCCAUGAAGCUGUCCAAAAUGCUGCUGUGAAAUAAAUCAGGUGGAGAAAGUCGAUGCCCCAAUCACAUUGAUUGAUUUGUGUUUGAGUGAAGCUGUAACACGCUGCACAGUGUGAGCUUUCUUUCUUUCUUUAAAGCUUUGUAAGCUUGUUAAAGCUCUAGCGCAGUUUUUACGUGGAAUCCUAACAGAAUGCGUACGCUCGUAUCCAGCUGUUCUGUGUGUCAGGGAUGGGCGAGUAUGGAAAAGUCAUAUCGUAUAUCGUUGAUGUACUUCAGGACGCAUUAAUUUAACCAUGUGUUUAAUGAUUGGUUAAAAAAAUCAAAUCAGUACAAAUAAAUCAAAACCACCUUGUUAA